UGUGCGAGUUAGACUGUGCGUAAAGUCAGUGAAGCUGUGAGGAUGUAGUUCAGUGGACAGCAGGCUUGAUACAGUGCGUGGAAGUGACACGCGCACAAUGCCUUCUCCGAUACCCGUGACCCGUCUACUGCCGAAAGACUUCUACCUCUCUCUAGAUAUCGGGAUCUGCAGCAGUCCACUCAGCAAACACUCCCACGGGUCCACAUUACAAGUCCCCGCUCAGCGGCUCCACGGAGCAACCACUACCCGGCUCUGGUCCUCCGUGAUUCACUGGAAGGAGCUGCGCUCUGAGCAGCCUGUAGGAGCCGGAGGGUUCGGCUCUGUGUACAGCGCGGAGUACCUCGGACAGACUGUGGCCCUGAAGAAGGUGAAGAAGUGCACGAAGAACAAGCUGGCGUCCCGGCAGAGCUUCUGGGCCGAGCUGAACGCAGCACACCUGCGUCACAGAAACAUCGUGCGCGUCAUCGCUGCGACCACCUGCGUACCUGAGGGCUUCGGAGACGACAGCAGCAUUGGGACGGUGCUGAUGGAGUUUGUGGGGAGGAAAAACCUCGAACAGAUUAUUUAUGGAUGUCCUGAGCCGCUGGAACCGGACCGGUGGCUCAGGUACUCCGUGGACAUUGUGCACGGCCUGCGGUUCCUUCACUCUCACAGAGUCGCGCACCUGGACAUUAAACCAGCCAACAUCUUAGUCUCUGACGAAGACGUCUGCAAGAUAGCAGAUUUCGGAUGCUCUUUGAAACUGGAGCGAGGAUGUGAAGUCAGUUCCAUCAGCCCCCAUCUGAGCCACAUAGGCGGUACGUACACACACCGAGCCCCGGAGCUGCUGAGGGGAGAGGGGGUGUCUCUGAAAGCAGAUAUCUUCUCUUUCGGGAUCACUCUGUGGCAGAUGAUGACCAGAGAGCCGCCCUACACCGGGGAGAGGCAGCACGUGCUCUACGCGGUGGUGGCGCAGGACCUGAGGCCGUCUGUUCACUCCCACCCGGUGUUUGGGUCAGAGCUGGGGGGGCGGUGUGAGGCUCUCCUGAGCCGGUGCUGGAGCGCAGAUGACAGCCAGAGACCCACUGCUCAGGAGCUGCUGCCUCUCAUGGAGCAGCUGACUCUAUCUGACAUGUCCCAGUAAUGAAACCAUGUUUGGACCAUCUCAGUAGACCAAAGUGUCUCCUGCUGUCAGCUCGAAUCAGCUGUUUGAUGCAGGGUUCAUCAGGAUCCUGUUUGCUCCUCGGAAUGAUAAACCCACGACAGAUCAGUGAUUGUGGUCGGAUGUUUGGACACGGUUUUAAAGUCCUCGCUCAGCCUGAUGGAUGCACUGAAGUUUAAAACAGUCUGAAAUAAACGCACCUGUUGCCUGUUUGUAUUGAAGUGCCUCUUUAAAGAGGCUACAUGUUUUUAAGCAGAGUGAAGGAGUCUCUUUGUUUCACUAAAGCAUGCUUCAUCCUCUCAGAAGUCUUCCAAAAGUUUUUAAAUAUAAGAAAACAGUUUUUAUGUCGACUCCCAGAGUUCACUCUGAGAGUUCGGACUUUGUUCCAAACGUGUUCUUUGACUGAAUGACAUGUUUUGUGUUCGUUUUAAUUGUCUGAGAUUUAAGUGUGACGGAUAUUCAUUAAAAUAUGUUUUUAUUUAA